GAGGGGUACUGAGACUGCGCAGUACCGUCAUGGGGAGUUAAUGCUAAAGCAGUGACAGUCGAACCGAUAUCAAUGUCCGUUUUUAACAUUUUGUGAAUGUAUGGUAUAACAUUCAUUAUAAGCAGCCUUUUUUAGAGGUAGUUGGUUUUGGGAGCCAUGCGGCGGAGUAAGGUUGAAGUGGACCGUUACGUGUCCACAGUACAGAGUUCGUCUCCUUCUCUCAAAGAGAAGCCAAUCAAAGGUUUUUUAUUUGCCAAAUUGUACUUUGAAGCAAAGGAAUAUGAACUUGCCAAAAGACAUGUAUCAGAGUAUCUCAAAGUCCAGGAGAGAGAUCCAAAAGCACACAAAUUCCUUGGACAGCUGUAUGAGAGAGAGGGGGACAUCAACAAGGCAGUAGGAUGUUACAAGCGGUCAGUAGAUUUGAAUGCAGCCCAGAGGGACCUGGUGCUGAAGGUGGCUGAGUUACUUGUGAGUAAUGAGGAAAGUGGCAGCAGAGCAGAGUUUUGGGUGGAGAAAGCUGCCAAGCUGCUACCUGGAAACCCUGCUGUCUUCAAUCUAAAGGAGCGCCUGUUGAGUCGUCGGGGUCAGCCAGGAUGGAACCAGCUGUUUGACCUCCUCCAAGCUGAGCUGGCAGCAAGGCCGGCAGAUGCUCACGUUAACGUGAAGCUAGUUCAGCUGUUCUGUCAGGAUGGGCGGCUUGAAGAGGCUGUUAAGCAUUGCCUGGCUGCUGAGAAAAGGGGCAUGCUGAGAAACAGCCUGGACUGGUAUACUGUUGUGUUGCACACAGUGCAGGAGUAUCUUGCUCAGCCGAGUGUCUCCAGUAAUGAGAAGAUGUGUCGGCGUCUCCAGAGAGAGCUGCUGUUGGCCCACUGCAACCGGCUGAGAAUCACACUGUCUGAUAGCAGCUCACAGCCCAGUCUUGAUGCUCUUAAAGCUUUUGACCAAGCCAUGCAGAUGCUGAGCACCACAGCUGGCCACCACAUGGACGAGCUUCAGGAAGUGUUUGUAGAAAUGAGAGGUCACCUCUACCUGCACGCUGCCACACUGCUGUUGAAGCUGGCUCAGGAUCGUCAACAGACGUGGAGGGCUGUCAUUGACCUGGCUGGAUUAUGCUACCUGUUAGCUUACCAGGUUCCUAGACCAAAAGCUAAAGUGACCAAAAGAGACCAAGCAGCACCGCCACAGCCUUUGGAGCUGCUGGCCAACGAUCGUCAGAGUCAGGCUGGCCACAUGUUGCUCAAUCUGAGCACUGAUCCAACCGCCUUGAUCAGAGAGGUGGUGGAGGCAUUUGGGAAUCGUAGUGGUCAGGACUCGCUGUUUGAACUCCUGUUUGGACCGCAGGCCUCGACCAUGUCUUCCUUUAUUGCCAAUGAUGACAUUCAUUCCAUUAGCACUGCGGCUCCAGAGCUCUCUCAACUGGCCAAAUCUGAUGCUGGCUCUAUACUGCUACAUGGUGGUGACUUGCAACAUCUGUGCUGGUUGGGGCUACAGUGGACCCUCCAGGACCAAAGACUGGCCAUGCAGGAUUGGCUGCAGCAGCUCUUUCCUCGGCUUACUUUGGAAACUUCCAAACUGGACACCAACGCACCAGAGUCGAUCUGCCUGCUGGACUUAGAGGUGUUUCUGUAUGGUGUGGUUUUCUGUAGCCACUGUCAACUUCAGGAGACGGCUAAGAUCAGCAGCUCAGUGAACCAGCAGCAGCAGCAACAGCUCUUUGAGCCUCGCUGCCUCCCCCUUCCUCUUCUUCGCCUGUUGACCACAGACAGGCAGAGGGAGUGGUGGGACGCCAUCUACAGCCUCUUAAACAAACGAGCUGCUCCGGGCAUGUCAGCUAAGUUGCGGAUGAUUGUGCAACAUGGACUGAACUCUCUGAGAGCGGGAGAAAAAAAUGGGCUUCAACCAGCCAUGGCUAUUCACUGGGCCCAACGUCUCAGUCAGACGGGCGAUGGCGUGGACUCGUACUACGACCGGAAGGAGUACAUUGGCCGCAGUGUCCACUACUGGAAAGCAGCACUUCCACUGCUGGAAAGGAUCAAAAACAGACGCAGUAUCCCAGAACCACUGGAGCCCCUCUUCAUACAUUUCCCAUCCAAAGACAUUCAGAUUUUUUCUGUGAAGGGUUAUGAAGAGGAAGCCAACGUAGUGUGUGCGGCUCUCCUUGAUAUUGAAGGCAAGACAGAGGAGGCCAUUGCUACCUUGGAAACCAUCAACAGCAUGUCAUCCAUCUGGCAAUUGGCACAGAUUUACCAGCGACUAUCAGAGGAGGCAAGCAAUGGUGUUGAGGAGACUCAAGAUAGGUGUAUCACUUUUCUGAAAAAGCUCCGGACCUACCUAUCCAAAAUCUACCAUGGUAAUGCAGAUGAUAUUGAGAAGCUUCCUGUUUCCAUGGAGGAAAUUGUGGACCUCCUCAAUGAUGUGAACCAGCAGCUGGGGGAGAGUGGCGAGGAUGAAGAGAGGGAAAAGGAAGUGGAAAGUCUAAGAGGACCAACACACUCCAGUCCAGCUCAUCCUUCAGAAACCUCUGCCGCAAUAUCCAAUAUAAAGUUUUCAACUCCAUCUCCUAACAAAAGCAGCUCUCCUUCCAAAAGACACCUGAUCUCACCCAAGACACAACCACAUUGGGUGGAGGAUCAGAAAAGUCUCCUUCAGAUGCUGUGUCAGCAAGUUGAAGCCCUCAAGAAUGAGGUUCACGAUCUGAGACACAACUCUUCAGGAAAUGCUGGCUCCCCUCAUCACAAAAUGUAUGGUGAGAGCUACGGGGCUGAGGGGCUACAGGAGCAGUUUACCCCAGUCCAGUCCUACCAUGGGGCCCCCCUAACAGUUGCCACAACGGGUCCCUCGGGGUACUACAACCAGUCUCCAGCUUACAACUCUCAGUACCUCCUACGAACCGCAGCAAAUGUAACACCCACCAAGGCCCCAAUGUAUGGUAUUAACCGUAUGCCACCACAGCAGCAGCAUAUGUAUGCCUACCAGCAGCCCACCCAUACACCACCAUUGCAGACAACCCCUGCCUGCAUUUACCCUCCUCAAGAACCGGCCUUUGGUGCCCCUCUUCGGUUUGAAUCACCAGCCACAAGCCUUCUUUCCCCAUAUAGUGAAGAAUAUUAUGGCCAGAGUGUAACCCAACAAACCACCAACCCUCCGCUUCCUGAACCUGGCUACUUCACCAAACCAGCUGUUGUCCCAGUUCAGCAACCAAAGACCAUUGAGGGAAAGCCUGUGGAUUUUGGGAAACUCCCCUUUGGCCAACAGGCACCUGCUGAAGUCCCUAAAGUGCCUAGUUUUGGAAUAGCAGCAGUUGCCCAGUCUACACCUUCCAACGCUUUUAAAUUCAACUCCAACUUUAAAUCGAAUGAUGGAGAUUUCAGUUUCCCUGCUUCCCAAGCUAAGCACAGUGAAAGUCUGCUUGGUCUUCUUACGUCAGACAUUCUCCCUAAAACAGAUACUGUAACAGAGAAGCCUCAAGUCCAAGAGCAGCCCCCAAACCAAUCCGGCAUCUUUACAUUUGGAAAUAAGAUUGUCAGUGGCUUCUCCUUUACUGACUCUGCUCAGAGCGCAGGCACUGGAAAUCUGUUUGGAAAGGUGGAGCAGCAGGCAUUCAAGUUUGGGGAUGCUGCCAGGCCAAUGGUUGGGGUUGUCAAUUCAACAACAGAGGAGGAAAAAGCAGCAGAGAGUGAUAAUGACAGCACUCAUGUUGAGGAGGACGAAGAUGGUCCUCACUUUGAACCAAUCGUACCUCUUCCUGAUAAAGUAGAUGUGAAAACGGGCGAGGAGGAGGAGGAAGAAAUGUUUUGCAACAGAGCAAAGCUGUAUCGAUUUGACACUGAAACAAAAGAGUGGAAAGAGCGUGGCAUUGGCAACGUUAAAAUCCUGAAACACAGCACAAAAGGGAAGGUCCGCCUCUUGAUGAGGAGGGAACAGGUCCUCAAGAUCUGUGCAAACCACUACAUUACUUCUGAUAUGUUACUGAAACCAAAUGCCGGCUCUGACAAAUCCUGGGUCUGGAAUGCUAUUGAUUAUGCAGAUGAAGAGCCCAAGCCUGAACAGCUUGCAAUCCGCUUCAAAACAGUAGAUGAGGCAUCACUUUUCAAGGCUAAGUUUGAGGAAGCCCAAACAAUUGUGCCCAAAUCACCAGCAAAGCAAAUCCAGCCAGAGAAGAAAGAGGAAAGUGUUAAAGAUUCUGGUUCACUGGCUGCCCAGUUUGCUAUCAAAGAAGGGGAAUGGGACUGCACUAUGUGCUGUGUUAGAAAUAAACCCACAGAUGCGAGGUGUGCUGCUUGUCAAACUGCCAAUCCCAACUCUUCAGCAAAGCCAGAUAUUCAAUCUACUGGUGAAACCAAGAGCAGUCCCUUUAGUUUUAAAUUUGGAAUUGACUCCUCCAAACCCACAAGUUCUAGCUCUCCCUUUACUGGAUUUGGUGCCAUACCCUCCUCAUUUACAUUUGGCACCAACACCUCAACACCUGCUGACUCAGUAAGCAGUGCAUUUGCUUCUGGCUUUGGGGCUCAGUUUGGCAAGAAGUCAGAGCAGUGGAACUGUACCACAUGCUAUACAAGAAAUGAGGCCUCUACAGACAGUUGUGUUUCUUGUAAAGCUCCUAAAACCUCACCUACAACAACUACCACUACACAAAAAGCAACAGCAGCACAGCCAUCUCCAUCUGGGUUUGGUGCCCAGUUUGGCAAGAAACCUGGACAGUGGGAUUGUGAUACAUGUGACAUAAGAAACGAGGCCUCUGCUGAGAGAUGCGUUGCCUGUCAAACUCCCAACCCUGCAACUAAAUCGACAGAGGGGGCUUCAAAAACGUUUAAUUUGCCAGCGGUGUCAGAAGUUGGGGAAGAAUUUGCAAAAAAAGAUGGGCAGUGGGACUGCACCGACUGCCUGGUCAGGAAUGAUGCAUCAGCCACUGAGUUUGUUUCCUGCCGUGCUCCAAAUGAAGCACCCUCUUUAUCAACAAUGUUUGGUAAAAAAGAUGGAGAAUGGGACUGUGACAUAUGCUUGGUAAGAAACAAUUCCUCUGCCAUUAAAUGCAUAUCCUGUCAGACCCCAAAUCCCAACGCCAAAAGCACUCCCUCUUUAUCAACAAUGUUUGGUAAAAAAGAUGGAGAAUGGGACUGUGACAUGUGCUUGGUAAGAAACAAUUCCUCUGCCAUUAAAUGCUUAUCCUGUCAGACCCCAAAUCCCAACGCAAAAAGAACAACCAGCACUGCUCCCUCAGCCUCCUCUUUCAGCUUCUCCUUCGGGGCCAAAAGUUCAUCUAACCAGCCUGCUGGAACUGGGUUUACAAUGCCUUUUGUAACUGGCAGCACUUUUCAGUUUGGUCAAAAUAAAGAUAAAGAAAAAAGUUCAGCAGCUUCUUUCAAGUUUGAAGCUCCUCCAUCCGGAUCUAGUGCUUCAGGCUUCUCUUUCUCACUGCCUGUUCAAGCUGGUGGCUUCACGUUUGGCAUUCCGGAACCUGCAAAAGAAACUUCCCCAUCUGAUGAUCAAAUACCUCCAUCAGGGUCAGCCUCAAUCUUUCUGAAAAACAUAGCUGACAAACACAAGGCAAAAGAAAAUGAUCCUUCGUCCUCAGAAGGACUAACGGAGGAUGAACAGAAUCCAUUAAUUUCAGGAGGAGAGAAUAAUUUCAGCUUUGCAGACUUGGCAGAGUCCUCUGGAGGAGACUUCAAGUUUGGCGAGAAAGACCCUGAUUUCAAAGGUUUCUCUAGAGCUGGAGAGCAAGUGUUCUCAUCAUUACAGGCAACUCCUUCAAAGACUGGUGCCUCAAAGGAAACAGAGGAUGAUGACAUGUAUAAAACAGAAGAAAAUGAUGAUAUACAGUUUGAACCAGUGGUCCAAAUCCCUGAUAAGGUUGACCUAGUGACGGGUGAGGAAGAUGAACAGGUUCUUUAUUCUCAGCGUGUCAAACUGUUCAGAUUUGACGUAAACUCCGGUCAGUGGAAAGAGCGUGGUGUAGGAGUCCUUAAAUUCCUGAAGAACAACACGAAUGGCAGACUAAGGGUGCUAAUGAGAAGAGAGCAAGUCCUAAAGGUAUGUGCCAACCACUGGAUCACCACCACCAUGAAUCUUAAGCCCCUGGCAGGCUCAGACAAAGCGUGGAUGUGGCUUGCCAAUGACUUCUCUGAUGGAGAUGCUAAACUUGAACAGUUGGCUGCCAAGUUCAAAAGCCCAGAGCUGGCUGCAGAGUUUAAGGAGAGGUUUGAAGAGUGUCAGAGACUGCUUUUGGACAUCCCCUUACAAACCCCCCAUAAGCUAGUUGACUCAGGCAGAACAGCACACCUCAUUCAGAAGGCAGAGGAAAUGAAGUCUGGUUUGAAAGACCUGAAGUUCUUUUUGACAGAGGAUAAAACAAAAAUCAAAGAUGACAAUGACCAAGAAGACAUUAAUGCAUCUAGCAAUGUUUCAAGCCUUGCAAUAAAGCCUCAUGGUGAAACCACUGGCCCCACUUUAGAGUGGGAUAACUAUGACCUAAGAGAAGAGGCUUUGGAUGAUACAGCAGACUCCUCAGUCUAUGCCUCUCCGCUUGCCAGCAGCCCCCUGAGAAAGAAUCUUUUCCAAUUUGGAGGAAUUGAAUCCACCAGUGGGUUCAACUUCAGCUUCCAGCCGGGCAUCAGCCCCUCCAAGUCUCCUGCUAAGCUUAACCAGAGCAGAGCUUCAGUUGGUACUGAUGACGAGCAGGAUUCAACCCAGGAUGAGGAAAGGGACGGCCAGUACUUUGAACCUGUGGUGCCAUUGCCUGAACUUGUGGAGAUUUCUACCGGAGAGGAAAAUGAGCAGGUAGUUUUCAGUCACCGGGCCAAACUUUAUCGCUAUAAUAAGCAACUGGCUCAGUGGAAAGAGAGGGGUAUUGGAGAUCUAAAGAUCUUGCAGAAUUACGACAGCAAGCGAGUGAGGUUGAUAAUGAGGAGGGACCAGGUACUUAAAAUCUGUGCCAACCACUGGAUCACAUCAGCUAUGAAACUGGAACCUAUGAAGGGUGCAGAAAAGGCCUGGGUUUGGAGUGCCUUGGACUUUGCUGAAGUAGGUGAGGGAAACAUUGAACAGCUGGCUGUGAGAUUCAAGCUUCAAGAAACGGCAAAUUCAUUCAAGCAAGUUUUUGAAGAUGCUAAGCUUGCUCAAGACCAGCAGGAAUUGAUGACUCCUGUGACACCCAGAGUUGCCACCCCUCAAGACAGUGGAACACCAGCAUCUGUAACCCCUGACACUCCUCUAUGCGGGAAGGCAGCCAUUGCCGUUCUGGAAGAGACCACCAAGGAACGUACAGAGCUUUCUCCAGACUGUAAACCAUGUACAGCUGAAUCGCCAAGUCAAGUUAACCUCUCCAAGACAGUAGUGUCACCUCCUAAGUUUGUCUUUGGCACUGAUAGCCUUCAGAAGUUUUUUGGGGCUCCUAAAUUUCACAGUGAGGGUGAAGAACCUGCAUCCACUUCAAGAGCAAGAGAUUCAGAGCCCACUGCCAACGCUUCACCUACAGCACCUGCAUUCAAAAUCCCAGAGAGAGGGCUGGAUUUUAGGCUUUUCAAAGAUAAUCCAAUGGCUUUUUGGACCAGCACAUCAACUACCCAGUUUGAACCACCAGGGCCACCUCGGGCAGAAGGAGGCAGUGCAGGGUCAAACGAGGACUCAGAGGUGGAGGUUGUGUAUGUCAGAGAACCCACUGCUGAACAGGCCGCCCUGGCACGAAAACUCUUGCUGCCUCUAACCUUCUUUUGCUACCAGAAUGAGCCAGGCUACAUAAGUGACGAUGAAACUGACGAUGAAGACUUUGAGUCAGCGGUAAAAGCCUUAAAUGGAAAGCUCUACCUUGACCGUCCUGUGAAGAAGGCUGCAGCAUGUGGUGAUGAGACCGAUUGCCAAGUGGUGUGGGAGAAGAAGCCGACACCAGAGGAGGAGGAGAAGGCAAAAAGCCUUCAGCUGCCACCUACGUUUUUCUGCGGCAUAAGCACCACUGACAGUGACCCAGACCAUGACAAGCCUGAGGACUUUGAGACAGAAGUCCGCAAGGCACAGCAGGACUUGGAUGCCCAGUUAAACCAGCCUGAAGAGGUCCCUAGCAGCACUGCAGAUGCCCCAGAGGAGCCAACCCCAGGUCCAUCCUCCAGCAGCAUAGAAGCUGCCGGCUCCCCAUCUCCACCAGAAGAACAGACCUCAGACCAGCCAAUAGAGACGCAGAGUGAAGCUCCUAGCAGCAGCUCAUCUCCACCUCCUAGCAGCAGCUCUCCUCCACCUCCUAGCAGCAGCUCACCUCCACCUCCUAGCAGCAGCUCACCUCCACCUCCUAGCAGCAGGCCACCUCCCAGCAGCUUACCUCCUCCCAGCAGCUCGCCUCCUCGCAGCAGCUCACCUAUUGACUUGUCAACUAAGAAGAGCCCAGAGCCAGAGUCUAACAUUGAGACAGGAUCUGUAGCUCUGACUGCUCAAACAGCUGGUCAAGACUCAUCAAACUUUGGCUUUAACACUCUUGGAGGAUUCUCUUUUGCUGACUUAGCGAAAAACACAGAUGCAUAUGCUUUUGGAACAACAGAGGACACCAACUUCUCAUGGGCGAACGCUGGAGCCACAGUCUUUGGGUCAACAGUGGCAGCAGCACCCAAAAACAAUGGAGAGGAGGAUGGCAGUGAUGAAGAGGACUCUGCUAAUAAUGUGGACAUUCACUUUGAGCCGAUAGUUUCUCUACCAGAGGUGGAGACAAAGUCAGGAGAGGAGGAUGAGGAAAUCCUUUUUAAGGAGCGCACCAAGCUCUACCGAUGGGACAGAGACCUUAGCCAAUGGAAGGAGCGAGGCAUCGGUGACAUCAAGAUUCUUUUCCAUCCUGACAAACAUUUUUAUCGAGUUCUGAUGAGAAGAGAGCAGGUGCUGAGAGUUUGUGCCAACCACAUGAUUACACCAGUGAUGGAACUCAAACCCAUGAACGCCUCAGCCCAUGCACUGAUCUGGACUGCCACGGACUACUCAGAUGGCGAUGGUGCAGUGGAACAGCUGGCAGCCAAGUUCAAAACCGCGGAGAUAGCAGAAUCCUUCAAGAAGACCUUCUGCGAGUGUCAGAGUCACAUUGGCGCAACUGAGGGUGAUGCCUCUUUUCUCGCCACACCUAAGAUGUCCAGAGUUCAAGAGCACUCCAGAGACACUAACCCACAGGUUUUCCUCAAUGUGGCAGCUGACGGCCAGCCACUGGGCACUGUCAUAAUAGAACUGUUCUCCCAUAUCGUCCCCAAGACAGCUGAAAACUUCAGGGCUCUCUGCACUGGCGAGAAAGGGUUUGGGUUUAAAGACUCCACCUUCCACAGGGUCAUUCCAGACUUCAUGUGUCAGGCUGGUGACAUCACAAACGGUGACGGCACAGGAGGCAAGUCCAUCUUCGGCAGCAAGUUUGAGGAUGAAAACUUUGAUGUUCGGCACACGGGCCCGGGCAUUCUGUCGAUGGCCAAUCGUGGGCGUGACACCAACAACUCCCAGUUCUUCAUCACGCUGAAGAAAGCAGAACACCUGGACUUCAAACACGUGUCGUUUGGCUGGGUUCGUGAUGGCAUGGAUGUCGUGCAGCUGAUGGGAGGGCUGGGAACAAAAGGAGGCAAACCGUCAAAGAAGCUCGUCAUCACCGACUGUGGACAGCUGUAGCUUUUUAUAUGUUAGGCUUGAAAUUCACCGCUUGGUUUAGGUUAUAAAAUUAAAAUACAGACUGGGUAAUGAUGUGCUCUAUUUGCAGUUCUUAUCUGCCUUUUGCAACUGAAUGCCUCGUCAUUAGAUGACUAGGAAUUAACCCCCCAGUCACAAACUACUGAUCAAGAUGAUUCCUCACAGAAGCUUGGUUCCAGUAGCCUAGAGACAGAAAUUAUUUUUGCUAUCUUAUAACCUAGUUGCAAAGGGGUAACUUGGCACAGUAUGUGGGAGGAGGCAAAUAUGUUUUUGCUUUGUUGCACUUGUAUCUUUAUCAUCACCUGUCAAUACAUUCUCAUGAUUUGUUUGUAUUUGUGUAUAGUUGUACAUGAACUCCUUUUUAUUAUUAUGUUUUUGUUCCUUUGUCUAAUAUUUGUUCAGUUUGAAUGUGUUGGUCUUCUUUCAUAAGCUUCACUCAAUGUUUGGUUCCUUUUAUCCUUAAGAAGCCUUGUCAAUCAACUCAAGGUGACACUGACACUUAAACGCACCUUGAUCUGUAACAAUGCCCCACCCUUCUCUUCAAAUACUGCCUGUGUGUUCUUUUUAAGGUUGGCAUCCCCUGUGAUUUUCCUUUGUAUAAUUGAAUCUCCCUUCCCUACAUAGACUGGA